AUGUCAGCUUACAAUCCAGUCAAGGAUCUGGGCCUAGCCUGUCCCUACGGCGGAAUCUUCUACAUCUGCGCUGACGAUCCAGAUCGCUUCAUCGGCUGCUGCACCAUCAACCCCUGCGGCGCCAGAAAUGGUCUCUGCCCUGAUACAAAUUUCAGAUCAGCCAGCUUUAAUGCGACACUUCAGCAUGAGUUCCUCCCUCAGGCUUGUAUCAAUGACAACGUCGAUGUCAGUUGGUACACCUGCGUUGGAGAGGGACUUCCUUUCCUGGGAUGCUGUGCCGUGGAUCCUUGUCUCCGUGGUGUUUGUCCCCAACGAGAUUUAAGAGCCGCGAAGUUGAGUGACAAGGCCCAGGAUGCACAAGAGUUCCUUGAUGGAGAUCCUGAGUAUAUGCCACGGCCUACGUCUUCUGCCCUUGAUCAAGGAUCAGGCGUCUCUUCAGGCAGUCUGUGUGCUAGCUCGACCACUGCAAAGAUGACCAUGAUCUCCAGCUUCAUCACUUCUUUCACUAUGGAAACAACCAUUGCAACAAUUACCACUACUAUUACAACGAUGACCUCUACCAUAACAAUCUCGCCUCCAGGGGCUUCAGAUGCACCUCCCGCGGGCCCCAAGGAGCAUGGCUCGAACCGAAAGCUUGGAUGGCUAUCGCUUCUUCUCGUCCCAAUUAUUUUACUUCUACUUCUAUACCUUGCGAACCGAUUUGGGGAGAAACUGCCCUGCCUAAGAUGUAGAGGGAAACUAUCCAAAGUAAAGCUCGAACAGAAGCAUGAACAGGAACACGAACACAGGCCGAACACACCUCCAUACCCAACAACCGAUCAGAUGAUCACAGAUGAAAAUCACCGGUACAUAUGGGGACGUUCAAGCAGAAAUAGCUCCCGAACAACCCACCAACGUCCACAGAACAUCCGAGGUCGACAGCAUGGUAACGGUUCUACUAUUAAAGCUGGGAGCUCCAUUGAUAACAAAGAAAAUAGAAUCUUCGACAUGCAGAGUAGAUCGACUCAACAAGACGUAUACGCCAGUGUCCGGCGAACAGUUCCAAACAGGAAGCCGUUGCCAGGAACGAACAACCAGUUAAGCCCGCGAGAAGAUAACGUCCGCUGA